AUGGCCGAAUACAAAGAUAACCUUAAGCAAGCCGUUGAACAACAUCAGAAAAAUUUGAAGGCGCGUGUGGCUGGAAAGAAGAUGAAGUCACUGGAGAUUAGAAAACUAGACAAUCUUCCAAAGGCAGCGAAAAAGCCAUCAUCCUGCUCCGCCGAAGGUACCACUCAGUUCUACUUUGACGGAUGCAUAAACAACAAGGUUUACGUCGGUCAAACUUAUGCACAUGGCCUAACACCAAUCAAAAUUGAUGAGCUGAAGGUGUUCGAGAAGAAGCAGAGAGUCUACCAAGAACACAUUCAGAUGUAA